GAAGGGUGUAACAAUUAGGAAUUAACUAAUCCUUAAAAAAAAGACAUUAUAGUUGAACUUUUAAUUAUAUGGUUUUCCACAACUGAUUCCCUCAUCUCAAGCCUAGUCUAAUGGUUAGAAAGUUUAAACAUCUUUGUUUUCUCUUUACUAAAAACUCAAAUCUUCGAGAAUUAAUCUUCACAUUGCACCAUUAUUCGUAAUAAAAGAUCCAACUUCUUUUACAGCAGUUGUCUCACCUCUAUCACAUCAUCUCUCCGUUUAAAGAUAAGACGAUAACUUGUCUGGGAUAACCUAAAAUAGAAUAGGCGAGUAUUAUUUGUUGAAGAAGAGAGUAUAAGGGGAAUGAGGAAGGAAUAAUUGGGAUACUCCGUAAUACGUAGUAGCAGUUAGCAGCAUCAAUAAACCAGGGUGGUCAAUAAAUAUGUUUUAAUGACUUUUAUCCAUAUCCAAAAUAAAGGGCCAUAACAUAACCCACAACAUGAUAUUUGUCAAAUUUGAAGGGAAAAUGUCAAAAAGUUGUGGGAAAACCUGUGAAUCUUGGGAUUGCCUUUAUAAUUGAGACUUUCUCUGUCAAUUUGAGUUCACUUUUGUAGAUUCACAGAUUACAAAAGUCAGAAGCCUCUAUCAGUAGCAGCAACUAUCUGAAGAAAUGGCUGGUUUUGCUGCCAUUUUGCUUCUCCUUCUUUGUCUUCUUCUCUCACAAACUUCUUAUUCGCUUCCGUUGUGUACCGACUUCAGGGCACCCACAAAAUCAAAGGCACCUCUGAAAUUCUGUCCUUACAAUGGAAAUACAUGCUGUGAUUCAACAAAAGAUCUUCAACUGCAGAAGCAAUUUCAAGCCAUGAAUGUUUCUGACACUUCCUGUGCUGCCCUUCUGAAGUCAAUUCUCUGUUCUACAUGUGAUCCCUUUGCAGCAGAGCUUUUCAAGGCCAAAGCAGGGUACCAGAAGCAGCAAAAACCCAUUCCAGGUCUUUGCAACUCAACUAAUUCAGGAAGCUCAAGUUCAUCAAAACAAUUAUCAAACAACUUCUGCUCAACUGUAUGGAACACGUGCAAGGACAUAUCUAUCUCGAAUUCGCCCUUUGCACCUUCAUUACAAGGUGGGGCUAGAGGAUCACCACCAAUGGCUUCAAACUUAUCUACGCUAACUGAUCUUUGGCAGUCAGAAAAUACUUUCUGUGAAGUUUUCGGUGGUUCUUCUUCAGACAAUGAUUCAGUGUGCUUUGCUGGUGAACCCAUCAAGCUAAACAGUAGUAAUAGUUCAGAGACUGGUGGUGCUCCACCAAAAGGGCUGUGUUUAGAGAAGAUAGGCACUGGUAGUUAUAUCAGUAUGGCUCCCCAUCCUGAUGGUUCGAAUCGUGCCUUCUUUUCUAACCUUCCUGGAAAAAUCUGGCUAGCAACUAUCCCUGAGCAAGACUCUGGCGAAAAGUUAGACCUAGACGAAUCAGACCCAUUCGUGGAUUUAACCGAUCAAGUCCUCUUUGAUACCGUAUUUGGAAUGCUAGGAAUUGCAUUCCACCCGGAUUUUGCUCAUAAUGGGCGCUUCUUCGCUUCCUACAACUGUGAUCGGAUAAAGUCACCUGAAUGUACUGGAAGGUGUGCGUGUAACUCUGAUGUUGAUUGUGACCCGUCCAAAUUUAACAGUUCAGGCAGCUCUACGCCUUGCCAAUAUCAAAGCGUUAUUGCAGAAUACACAGCAAACGGCUCUUCAUCGAUGCAGAGUGGGCAACCAACAGAAGUAAGACGGAUCUUCACGAUGGGUUUGCCAUCCUCAAACAAUCACGGAGGCCAAAUUCUGUUUGGACCAGAAGAUGGGUAUUUGUAUCUCAUGAUGGGAGAUGGUGGCGGACGAGGUGAUCCCUAUCACUUUUCUCAGAACAAGAAAUCCAUACUUGGAAAGAUUUUGAGACUCGACAUAGACACAAUUCCUAGUAAUAAACAAAUUAAUGACCUUGGUCUUUGGGGUAACUAUUCUGUACCUCGAGACAAUCCUUACUCAGAAGACAAGGAUUUGGCACCAGAAAUCUGGGCUAUGGGGCUAAGGAAUCCAUGGCGGUGUAGCUUCGAUGCAGAAAGGCCUUCCUACUUUGUUUGUGGAGAUGUUGGCGAGGAUCGCUAUGAAGAGAUUGAUGUAAUCACCAAAGGUGGAAACUAUGGCUGGAGUAUAGAUGAAGGCCCCAUUCCAUAUGGUUCUGGAAAUGAAACAAAAGUUUCUUCAGCUACCCAAAAUCUGAUCUUGCCUGUAGCAGGUUACACACAUUCAGAAAUCAACAAGAAAACCGGAUCAGCUGCGAUAUCUGGAGGGUUUUUCUAUCGCUCUAAGACAGACCCAUGCAUGUCUGGCAGAUACUUAUAUGGAGAUCUAUAUGCAAGUAAUAUAUGGGCAGCUAAUGAGAAUCCAAAAAAUAGUGGAAACUUCAGCACAACAGCAAUGCCAUUUAGGUGUGCUAAAGACUCACCACUUGAAAGCAGCACUGUACCAGGAACCACACUGCCAGCUCUGGGAUACAUAUAUUCAUUUGCGCAGGAUAACAGGAAGGAUGUCUUCAUUCUAGCCAGCACUGGUGUUUACAGAGUUGUUCGCCCAAGUCGUUGCAACUAUGCUUGUUCAAAGGAGGUUGUAAAACCUGCUGCUAAUCCAACUCAAAGUCCAUCUUCCCCUUCAAGUGGAACUCAAUCUAUUGCACCUCUUACAAAAUGGCUCUUGUUUCUCCUUUGCUUCCUGACUCUGGAGCGCUUGUAUAACUGACAAGUGAUAUGCAGCAGUUAAACAUUAUGAGCAGUGUUUUAUUCAAUUUCAACUAGGUAUAGAUAUAGUUCUUUGUAUCUGAACGGAAUGAAAAAAUAACAUUUUGAUAGUUUUGAAUUAA